GAGUAUGCGGAUGGAAGCAGCGGCUGCGCGAGUGAGUGCGCGUAGCUUGACAGGUUUAGCAGUAGCAUUUUCUUUUCAGCUCUGCUUCGUUAGAUAUAUUAUUUUUAUAAUGGCGUAGGCAAGCCCGCGAUUUUAGUUUAAGAGCGCAACUCCUCGGCUUUAUUGCGGGUCUACGUGCUCUCUCAACAAGGCUAUCCGAACACACCAACACGGACGACUCAUCUCGUUUACGCUGCCCACACCUCACAGGCGCUCGGUCUUUGCGUGCGGCGGCCACUAAGCCUAAGCGGGCGUGAAGUGCGGUUUUCUUGUGUGUGUGGUUUUUGUGCGUCGUGUGUGCGUGGUGUAUGCGUCGCGCUCGCGAUGUUUCCCUCGGGGCUAGAUUGAACGCAUCAUGUUCCAUCGGCGUCACACAGACGGCGUUUGUGCGUGGCCGUGAGCUCCGAUAUUGUGCCGUCUCCGGAAUGCCCGCAUCUCCAGGGGGCCAGCGAGUGUUUGUCGUCUGCGUCCGAGUCCCCCUGCGUACAGUCGGGGCGGUACGGCGCUUCGCAUGAUCCGGAUAAGCGAUCGGCUGAACGCUAACACAGCUUCUUAGAGUUUGGACCAUCGUUGGUGAGCCGCUAUGUCCAAGCGGACGGACACCCGCUGUCCGGACGACCGUAUCCGCGAGUUGGAACAGAUGUUCCUGGGCGGACCGGUGUUGGUCAGCGGCAAAGCAUUCACGGUUGAAGGUCUCCUGGACGUGUUAAUCGUGCUGUACGAUGAGUGCUGCAACUCUUCGUUGCGAAAGGAAAAGACCAUGACCAACUUCGUAGAAUACGUAAAACCAGUGGUGCAGAGGAUCAAGGACUUGCGGCUGACCAAGGAUGACUUCGACGUGCUCAAGGUCAUCGGGAGAGGAGCGUUUGGAGAGGUGGCUGUUGUAAAAGAACGGAAUACAGGAAAAGUGUAUGCCAUGAAGAUCCUCAACAAGUGGGAGAUGCUCAAGAGAGCUGAAACGGCUUGUUUCCAAGAAGAGCGUGACGUGCUUGUUUUUGGUGACAGGCGGUGGAUUACAAAUCUCCACUACUCAUUCCAAGAUGACACCAACUUGUAUCUCGUCAUGGAUUACUACUGCGGAGGAGACCUGCUGACCCUGCUCAGCAAGUUUGAGGACAAACUUCCUGAGGAGAUGGCACGUUUCUACAUUACUGAGAUGAUCCUCGCCAUAGAUUCUAUACACUCGUUGCACUACGUGCACCGAGACAUUAAGCCCGACAAUGUGCUGCUGGAUGCCAAUGGCCACAUACGGCUGGCCGACUUCGGCUCCUGUCUUCGACUAUGUGAUGACGGAACGGUUCAGUCCAAUGUUGCUGUAGGCACUCCUGACUACAUAUCUCCUGAAAUCCUAAGGGCUAUGGAAGACGGGCAGGGCAGGUACGGCCCCGAGUGUGACUGGUGGUCCCUGGGGGUGUGCAUGUACGAGAUGCUUUACGGCGAGACCCCGUUUUAUGCUGAGAGUCUCGUCGAGACCUACGGCAAGAUCAUGAAUCACAAGAACUGCUUUGAUUUUCCGGAUGACCCUGGCUGCAAUAUUUCGGAAGACGCCAAGGACCUUAUGAGGCGGUUGAUCUGUAGCGCUGACUCUCGACUUGGGCAGAAUGGACUGCAGGACUUCAAGAGCCAUUCGUGGUUCAGCAGUGUUGACUGGGACCACAUACGAGAGAGUCGGGCGCCCUACAUUCCGGAGGUCAGCAGUCCUACGGACACCUCCAACUUCGAUGUGGAUGACGCUGACCUCAAGCAACCAGAGUCGGGACCACCGAGCACCAACGCAGUGUUCUCUGGGCUGCACCUGCCCUUUGUGGGCUUUACAUAUACAUUAGGAAGCCGCCUGGCUAGUGGUGCGGGCGAGUCAGUGGUGGACGGCAUUGCUACCCAUUCGGGUGACCAGAGCCACCUGUCAUGUGAGAAGAGGAUUCGAGCCUUAGAGAGGGAGAAUGCUGAGCUGGGCCAGCGCCUGGCUAGUGAUCUCAAAAGAGGACUGCCAAAUUCGAACAGUGAAGUGUUACAAAGGACAUCAUCAACAGAUGGUGAGGUCCGUAGGCUUCAGGAUGAAGUCAACACCUUCAAGAAAAGGAAUGCAGAGUUGGAGUUGGAGCUGCAGCAGCGGCAGUCUUUGUCCAAUUCUCACGGGAGUUACCCUGUUGGGGAUGCCAAGCUCAAGGAGUUGGACAAGGCUUUGCGACUAGCGCGGGUAGAGAAGGAAGAUAUUCAGCGAGAGUUAAACGAUGCCCAGGAGAGACUAAAACAGCAAAGCAAAGAGCUGAAGGAUGCAAUAGCACAGAAGAAACUUGCCAUGGAUGAGUACACAGAAGUCAGCGACAAGCUUUCAGAGUUGCGGACACAGAAGCAGAAGCUUUCACGACAAGUACGCGACAAGGAGGAGGAGCUGGAGAGUGCAAUGCAUAAGAUCGACAGCCUCCGACAAGACCUUAGAAAAGCGGACAAACUGCGAAGGGAGCUUGAAGCUCGUGCAGAAGAGACGCAAGCUGAGGCCCUGAAGGAGCGGCGGUUACGAGAGCGCAGCGACGAAUAUGUGCACCACCUCGAAGGGGAGCUCGAGAAGUGCCAGGUUGGACGGCCAGUGCACGACGUUUCUCAGGAGGUCUCCAGGUUGAAAAAUGAGCUGGAGAACCAAGAGAUGAAGUUUCGGGAGCUGGAGAUCCAACUGCAAACGCGGCAUGCCAAUGAGCUGGGCACGAUUCGUGACCAAUUUCGAGAGGCUGAUGGGGCCAGGGACGCCCUGCUCAAGGAGGUGAUGUUACUAAAAGAGAAGAGCGAGAAAUCUCGUGUCGAAAGUGCCAUUGAGAACCAGGAGACCUUAGCAGAGAUUAAGAAAGCGCACGAGCGAGAGAAGGCACUGCUUCGCGAGGAAGUCCACAAGCUCAACGAAGAAAGGGAAAGGCUUACAGAGACGUUGCGGAGGCAACUGGAAGAACGUCGUUGCCUGGAGGAAGAGAUUGGCCAACUGAGGGAGAAGAAGGAAUCUGUCGCCCAGUGGGAGGCACAGAUCAGUGAGAUCAUUCAGUGGGUGAGUGAUGAGAAGGAUGCUCGUGGUUACCUCCAGGCAUUGGCUACUAAGAUGACGGAAGAACUGGACUACCUCAGAAUGAGUGGCCUUCCCACGCCUACUGCGGACAAGAAUUGGCGCAACCGACGCUCCCAGAAGCUUGAGAAGAUGGAGCUACUGACGCUACAGUCAAACCUCCAGAGUGAGAUUCAGGCCAAGCAGGCUGUCAGUGAGGAACUCACGCGUGUCCGUGCUGAACUCGUUGCCCAGCAAAAGGAGCAGCGAAAGCUACAACAGGAACUUGACCAUUUUCGAAAGGAGUCUACGAAGAAGGACUCCCAAAUCCGAGAUUUGCAACAGCGCUUAGACGCAGCAGGAGACGGAUUCCUGGAGCGACCCUCUUCGCAGAUGUCUUUUCUGGACCAGUUCCUGAAGGACACGUCUAGGUUAAAUCACAGCGACAGCGGCGAGUCACCCGACCAGGUCACCAAUGACACUGAAACCGAGCUCGAGGGGGGACCUCACUCGCCACCGCUUCCCCCUGUGGCGGUCAUCAGCAAGACAACCAGCGCUGAGGAACACAGAGGAAUCAAAAUUUCAUCGCCCAUUGCUGACAUUCGCUCUCAAAUAACCGUUCUUACACCAAAGCCCAAAGCCCACCAGUUUCUAGUACGGACCUUUGUAGCCCCUCUAAAAUGCAAUCACUGUACUUCCCUUAUGGUUGGACUCAUUCGUCAAGGGGCUGUCUGUGAAGUAUGUGGCUUCGCCUGCCAUGUCACUUGCCAAGACAAGGUGCCUGCAGUGUGUCCUGUGCCCAUGGACCAGACGAAGAGGCCAGUAGGGAUUGAUCCUACACGAGGUGUUGGCACAGCUUACGAGGGUUAUGUGAAGGUGCCCAAGCAAGGGGGCGUGAAGAAAGGCUGGCAGCGUCAGUUUGUGGCCGUCUGCGACUUCAAGCUCUUCCUGUACGACCUUCUACAGGACAAGAAUGUGCAGCCCGCGGUGGCUGCUUCCCAAGUGCUGGACAUGAGGGACGAAGAAUUCUCUGUGACAUCAGUCCUCGAGUCAGAUGUCAUCCAUGCCAACCGGAAAGACAUUCCCUGUAUAUUCAGGGUUUCAACAUCCAUGAUGGACCCUCCAGGGCUGCAGAGCCAGACACUGAUGAUGGUGGACAAGGAGAGCGAGAAGGUCAAGUGGGUGGAUGCGCUCAAUGAACUGCAUCGUAUUCUGCGCCGAAACAAGCUGCCGCACCGGACAGUAUUCCAGGCAAAGGAAAUCUUAGAUAGCACUGUUGUGAUUAUCAAGAAUGCCUUAUCAGCAGCUGUGAUAGAAGCUGACAGAGUUGCUCUAGGUACUGAGGAAGGGCUCUACUGUGUGGAUUUGGACAGGGAAGAAAUUGCCCGUAUUGGUGAUGGCAAGAGGAUUGCCCAACUUGAAUACAUUCCAGAGGAACAACUCCUCAUUGCUAUUGCAGGCAAGCAACGGCAUCUGCGCUUGAUUCCUGUAGGCGCACUUGAUGGGCACGACGUGGACUGGAUCAAAGUGGCCGACACGAAGGGCUGCACCACCUUCUGCACUACCCACAUGGACCAUGGUGGCACACCCACCUAUUACUUUUGUGUCGCCGUCAAAAAACAGGUCCUAGUUCAUCAGGUGAAUCGAACGAAGAGCCGUCACGGCGGCCGACAGGUCAUCAGUGUUCCCGGCGUGGCCCAAUGUCUGGACGUCUGGCAGGACCGACUCUGCGUUGGCCUCCCCUCCCUCUUCUACCUGUACAAUCUACAGGGCACCACAGAGCCCGUCUGUUUAGUCCAGCCUGACAACAACCUGUCUUUCCUCCACCACAAUCCCAUGGAUGCCUUUAUGGCUGUGGAACUCCCGAACAAUGAAUACCUGCUGGUGUUUAGUCAGCUGGGAGUGUUCGUGAACGGCCAAGGGAAGAAGACCCGCGACAAGGAGGUCAUGUUCUCUGCUGUGCCCCUGUCAGUCAGUUAUUUUGACUCGUACCUCUGUGUGUACAUGGAAUCCCACGUGGAUGUGUUCGAGGUGACAUCUGGGGACUGGGUGCAAACAAUGAACCUCAAAAAGACAAAGCCUUUGUGCCGUGAUGGGCAGGUGUGCUUCACUCUUGUCACCGAGGCGCCUCAUGUGAUCUACAUGCACCCAAUCCAUAGGCGAGAGCAUGCGAUUCGCAUCUGUGGGCCCACAGAAUCGGGGUCCCAUCGUCCCGUGAUGACUGGAGGCAUGUCACAUGUGGCACCCUCUCUACGAGGAUCCACGUCCUCCAUGGCCGCAGCACUCGUGACACGAGCCAGGCGGAGGUUUUCAGUACGUGAAGCCGAGAAACAAAAGGGUGGUGACCGGCGGUCGAGGAUGAUAUCUGCGCCGUCGAACUUCAACCACAUUCAACACAUGGGUCCCAGUGAGCUGCAGAAGCUCAUUGAUCUGCCCACGACAGUGCAAGGAGUUGCAGCCAUGGAAGAGAAAAGAGCAUGGGUCAAGUCUGUGAAGCCACCAGUAGGUGUUCCAUUGCAACCCAAGAGGCCAGCGCCAUUGGCGCCUGGCACGGUACCUAGGACAGCAAAAUCCUCGCUGACUGCGUCACCCGAAGGAUCACUAUCAUCACAAGAACAUGGCUCGAUGCUUCAAAGCUCAACACAUGAUGACUCGAGAGGACAGCAGGCCAGCCCACGCCACUCGAUUGCCUCCAACAACAGCUCGAACCUGAGCACCCCGCCGAGUCCCGUCGACUUGGGUCUCGGACUGGAAGACACGCGUGAGCAGUUCUCCUCCAGCUACGAGUCUCAGAGCUAAGGUCACGCUGGGGUCAGAGGUCACCAUUCAACCAACCAUCUCGCGACCUGCUGCAUCCUUGGUUGUUUCUGGUUCCAGCAUCACAGCUGCUCACAAGCAUUCUUUUUCUGUGUGUGUCUGAUAUGUGUGUGUGUAAAAAAGAAGAUAUGAAGAGCACUGUUUAGCUUUUUUAUUUUAAAUUGGUGCAUUUGUUUUUGCUCAGGUGAAAACACUCGACAAGUGGCCACUGAGGUCUAUCUUUGCAUUGAUGUGGUAUCAAUGACACAUGUUGAAACACUGGUGUCUGCAUUUUUUUAGCAGUCAUGCCUGUUUCAGAUAAUGUGGUUUUUGUGCAGUGACUAGAUUGGUUGACUGGACUUGCAUACAAACUUUCGACUUGUGGUGCUGAUAGUAUGAUCUACCAAGCUUUACAAAGUGCAUGGCGAAGGGCAGCUGUUCAUGCCAGGUAUGCAGGAUGACCUCUACACUGGAUGCUGAUCGAAGGGUUGGUGCCUAGCUCAUGCCAAGGUGCGACUGAAGGGAAGUUCAACACCCUCGCAGAGACGCUGAACGCUCAUGUCACAAGUAUUCACUUUCAGGAAAAAUUUGCAACAUUGUUGUGGGACCCAAGACGGUGGCAAAGGUGCAAGCAGCCAACCGACGCGAGCCCUUUAUUCUUGUCUGGCAACUCGCUUCGAGUGUCUUGCCUGUUCUAAGCAUGUGAUGGCUUCUUGAAGACCUCAUUCUUUUUAGAGUUCAAAUGUUUUGCUAGCGCCGACAUUGAAAAUGCUCAGGCUACAGGGGAAACCCUACUAUGUCUUUCAGGAUAUUGUGCUUUGCACUGUCAUGCCACACGUAGGCUCCUCAAUCAGGAUUGAAACUUGAAUGUAUUACAGCAUGUUGAGUUGCGUACAUCAGGCAGUGGUUUCUGUAUAAAUAAACUUGGUACCCACAAUUAUACGUUAGCUGUGCAUGUUGUGUGCGCAGUGUUGUCUUUUUAAGUUCCUCUGUUGGCGGCAUCUGUGUAUAGAAACAUUAGUAGCAUUUACUACUAGCCUUCAAAACACAUGAUGGCAUUUCUUAUUCCUCUUAAUGUGUACGUAGAUAAUAGGUACAUACUUAAAAAUAGCCAGAACUCAUUCUCAUUGAAAUCGGUAAAAAGAGGAUGAGCAUUGAUUUGGUGUUGGAGUAGCUCACCGAGUCGCUCGCAGCCACUUGAAUGACCCAAGCAUUGCUAGCUGCUUUUUAGUUGACAUUGAAAAACCUUGACACUGAAAUAAGAGUGUAUUGUAGAUAUGUUAUCCAAUAGCAUGAACGAGAUGUAUAUUAUUGAAAGCAAAAAGAAACUAUGUAAACCGUGGCACAUCAGUGGCUGGGAAUGCAGGGCAAAUGACUUCUUGCCUGAUUAACAUUGCCUUUCGUGAUGCUGUUCAGCAGAUUCCGUGUGCAACUGCAUGUGAGCCUACUUUGACGGGUAUUAAGUCACUGCUGUGGUAACACAUUUUUUUAUGGCUCUUUUUUUUUCCCAUUUUGGUCUUUGCCCAAGAUAUACUUGGUACAGUUCUUCUGAGGAUUUCACUGUAAAACAGGUGUAAAGCAUGACAUGUUCACAUGUGCCAACAGAAGCCAACAUUGCUGCAGUCACAUCCUCAUAUUGCCUGAUAUACCUUAAUUUUGCUGAAAUGGUGUCGUGUCGUACAUAGGAGAGUUGACAUGCAGUGUAACAACUUUCUCUGGUAAUUGCAAGAAUCGUCUGCCUGAUUGCACUUCUAAGAGGUCAGCGAGCUUCAUGUAACCAAAUUAAAGUUAGUUGGCCAAGGCCAUGUUUAAAGUUGGCUGGCUUUAUGAUGCUUAUCUUAGAAGUGCUUUGCACAUUCGAUGUAGUGUUUAUCUCUUUCCAAAAGUAGGAUUUCUUGAGUGACACCGGCUGGAGCAUUGUUACGACUGCUUUUGUUGUGACAUAUAGUAUGUACUUCGUCAAGAGAAGCAAGUGCUGCAUUAAUUUUUUUGAAGCAUUCUUUGUCAAGGCAGGAAGAUCGCACUAUGAAAAGUAUUUUGGUCCACUACUGUGCAAUGUUUAAAUUCAAUGAAACGUGUACUUUAUGAGGCUGUUAAUAUAACUUGUCCCAUGCAUGACUGUGCCACUACCUGUGACUUGUAAAUAUUGCCUAGUGUUGCUGCUGGCCUCAUUUCUCUUUCUUUUCUUUUUUCUUUCUGGGUAAUCUGAAAUCAGGGACAAGGGGGCAUGUGUUUGCUUUUGUGUGUACCUACAUGCUAUAUUACUGUAGAGAACAAUCAAUUUGCCACUACAGAAUCUUGUUGCCAGAAUGCAAGUACAGUCGAACCUUUUUAUAAUGAAGUCGCAUCUGACAAGAAAAUACCUUGAUUAUAUCCGAUGUUCUGUAUAAGCACAUAUUUGAUAUGUGCUAAUAUCGGCCAGAAACAUUUUAAACGUACUUUGUUAUAUCUGAUAAUGUGUUAUAUCCAUGUUUGUUGUAUCAAGGUUCGACUGUAGUACUGUGUACAGAUAUGUUUUUCACACUUGUGUGUCUUACAGCCGCUGCCCAUUUUUCAAAAUACUCUCGCUGUGAAGCACAGAACUGGCGAUUGUUUGCCUUUGUGGCUACUUCUGGUGAGCACUGAAGUGUAGUCGUACUCUGCUGACGCCAUUGCAGUUUCUGCAAAACAGCAACAGUCCAUCUCAGAAUUUGGAAACCACUAUAGUUAUGGUGAUUAUGGCUCUGAUAUUCAGAAAUGUGCACCCUAAAUUGGCGCUUGUCCUGUGUCGUUCUCCCCUCUUGUGAUCUUCUUAGUUGGCGCUGUUCCUUCCUAAUUCUAAAUUGCUGAAUUUGCUGCAGUGCAUGACUUUAGAAAAAUGGGCAGAAACUGCUGCAAUUUUGCAAGUUCAUGGUUUUAUAGAUAUAAACCAACACCAUGUACAGACAUGCGCAGAAUUUUUCGGAACUCUGGAGACACGAGAAUAAAGUAAAAUUCUGUUGCAGACGGGCUCACCGGAUGAGCUGGGUGGCGGGAAAUACAGUUGGCAUCAAAAGUUUGCUGGCCACGAGACCAGAGAUAAUGUUGCAUUUCCUUGCAAUUUGUCACAGUAGCAAAACCAUACAACACUAUGUUGUUUGCAUAAACUGUAUACAGGCUGGAAUUUCGAAUAUAAGGCUGCAUGCUCACCAGGCUGCAGAAAUAUUCAGCUUUACAGAAAUACCACGGUUUGGAAACUUUUGAUGGAGACUGUGCACUUUGAAUGUGGCUCCUGCAAGUGAUGAUCAUACUGUUCAAUUUCUUACUGCAUAUUUCAGCUGCAGUGCAAGUUGCGUGUUUUUACUAUAAUUAUUACUAGAUCCUUUCUAGGCUUCUAUGUUCUGAAGACUUUGGGAAUGGUUGUGCAGUCCUUGCAAGGAGUUUUGAAGCCAUUAUGCAGCUAGCACACCCAGUGGUCUAGAGCUCAGUAGAGUGAAGAGCUGUGGCUCUUUUAACUUCUGUAGGCAUGUAGCUGUGAAAGUUCUACUGGUGCUCCUGUAUAUUGUCUUACAGAAGGACUGUUCAUUCACGCAAGCAUCUUUAACAAAGACAACGAGAGCACCAAUGUAUGAUGUUGGCCACCGAAAUCCUUCAAAGAGAUUAUUCUGUGAGACUAUUUAUUCGGGUUGCUGUGUGCUGCUUGCAUCUGCAGUGAUGUAUUGCCCCCAGGUUUUCACCACCAGACAGACUGACACGGCAAAGCUGCCUUUUCUGAGAGCAUGUACCCUCGAUUUUGACAGUGCGCUUAGCCAAUCCUCUGCACUUUCGCUCUUGUGAGCUUUGCUAUUGUAUUUAAGCUCUUGUUGCCUGCGCACAAUGUUCUGUGUGAGGACAAUUGAUGCCCUCUUUUGAUGGUACGUGCACAACAAAGAUUCAAGUAAACCAGCACAUGCACUCUCGCCAAUGCUAGAAUGCACAUGUUGUGCAUGUGUAUAGCUUCUUGCAACAAAGUUUGUUUUAAUUUAUUUCAAGACCACAGCCUGGGAGUAGCCUAAAGAGUGAGCUGUGCUAUAGUUGCAUGCGUGCCCCUCUCCAUCCUCCCCUCGUAAUGUGGAGAGCAAAGUUGUUUAUUGAGUAUUCUAUACGAACAUAGGCCUUCUUUUAAAGAGAGGAAACUGUGUGUGUACAUUUAGUUGGCAUGAUGUCUUUUUAGAAGAACUUGUGUUUGAAGCA